GGGCCAGGUGCAGCGAUGGCUGUGAAGGGACCCCACCCAAUGCUGCUGCUGGCCCUGGUGCUGCUGGCUGGCUGGUUGGCCCAGCUCGGCCAAGGAGCCAGCUACCCGCAGUUCCUGAGGCAGCACGUUGACAACCCCAAGACCAGGGCUCGGGAUGACCGGACCUACUGCAACAUGAUGAUGCGGCGCCGGGGCAUGGCCAGCCCCUGCAAACGCACCAACACCUUCGUCCAUGCCCCCGCCAGACAGCUCCAGGACAUCUGCGGCCGGGCGGGCCGGCGCGCCGGCCGCAACCUGCACAACAGCAACAACCGGUAUCGCAUCACCACCUGCCGGCUGGCUAGGGGGUCAACCCGCCCGCCCUGCAGCUACCGAGGGGGCAGCAGCACCCGUCGGAUCCGUGUGGCGUGUGUCAGGAGGCUGCCCGUGCACUACAACAGGACCCUCUAG